GCUCCUCCAUCUCCCCUCAUCCAGCAUGGCGUCCUCCCUCCCGGCUUCAAGCGUCCAUCUCCCGCAUCACUGGGCGGGACCGCGGUGGGUCGGACUGCCAGGCGUUGGGCACUUCCGGCGGGCUCGGGUUUCCUUCGACUCGGCAUUUAAAUUGAGCUGCAGGACAUCAGCUGCUGCUACAUUCAGCGCUGUGCUGUGACAGAAAAAUAAACCCCCCGUAGCACUAGCGAAACAAGCUGCUCUUAUUUUUGACACGAAAGCGACAGAAACAAGUGCCGGUCCCCCGGAGGUCAGGCUUGUUUUGUGGGCUGCAGAGCGGGAGCAGCUGAACAAUAACGGAGGUUUCUCCCUGACAGCAGCUCGGUGCAUCAUUUUUGGGAUUCCUCUGCAAAGCUCCUGGAACAAAUUGAAUAGCGGUAACGUGAUGUUUUGCAUGAGCAGCGUGAUUUAGACUUUUUUUUUUUUUUAUUCUAUUUUUUCUUCCUUUUUUCUUUUGUUGGGCAGUGUUUGUUUACUGAAAUAGAUUGGUAAACAAAAACAAACUCGUUGAAUGCAGAGGAGGGUUGUUUUGGCCCAGGAGCAUAAGUGGCCUGGACUUGGGAGGGUCGAUGAUGAGAGUGCAUUUGACGGAUCAGAUUUAAAUGCUGAACUAUUUUCAUUUUUUGCAUAGUUAUAGACAUUUACAGAGAUAAAGUCUUUACAUAGACAUCACCGAGGCUGCAUAUAGCAUCAGGCCAGACAUCAAUAUUGUCAAUAACAACAGUCAGCACCCAUUCAGUGUAGCAGGACAGGGUUAGUCAGACUUUGUGUCAUCUAUAUAUCUAUUUUCCUGACUGAUUUUCAAAAUACUUUUAGAUUUUUCCCCAAAACCGACUUUUAAAAAUAUUUUUUAAAUGUGUAUAUGUCACUAAACAUUUUUAUUUGGAUCUUCUAGGUAGAUCUUCAUCAGAUUCUUUUUUUUUUUUUUUAUUAUUCAGAUUUAUAGAUCCUUUCAGGUUAGAUCAAUACCCUGUCAGUCAACAACAGAAUAAGCACUAGUGGUAUCUAUUUGAGGCUUUAUUAGUCUAACAAUAAGCAACCAGAAACAAUGUUCAGCUGGCUUGGAACCGACGACAGGAGGAAGAAGGAGCCAGAAGUCUUUCAGACGGUCAGUGAUGGACUCAAGAAGCUCUACAAAACCAAACUCCUGCCCCUGGAGGAGAGCUACAAGUUCCAUGAGUUCCACUCUCCGGCUCUGGAGGAUGCAGACUUUGACAACAAGCCCAUGGUCUUACUGGUGGGACAGUACUCCACUGGCAAGACGAGCUUCAUACGCUACCUGUUGGAGCAGGAUUUUCCUGGAAUGCGGAUCGGCCCUGAACCCACCACAGAUUCCUUCAUCGCUGUGAUGCACGGCGACACAGAAGGAGUCAUCCCUGGUAACGCUUUGGUGGUUGACCCCAAGAAGCCGUUCAGAAAGCUGAACGCGUUUGGAAAUGCAUUCCUCAACAGGUUUGUGUGUGCCCAGCUGCCUAACCCAGUACUGGAAAGCAUCAGUGUGAUUGACACACCAGGGAUUCUGUCAGGGGAGAAACAGAGAAUUAGUCGAGGCUAUGACUUUGCAGCUGUCUUGGAGUGGUUUGCAGAGCGAGUGGACAGGAUCAUUUUACUGUUUGACGCCCACAAACUGGACAUCUCCGAUGAGUUCUCAGAGGUGAUUAAAGCCCUGAAGAACCAUGAGGACAAGAUCAGGGUUGUGCUGAACAAAGCUGAUCAGAUAGAGACCCAGCAGCUGAUGAGAGUUUAUGGCGCCCUGAUGUGGUCACUGGGGAAAAUAGUCAACACCCCUGAGGUGAUCCGUGUCUACAUCGGUUCAUUCUGGUCCCACCCUCUGUUGAUUCCCGACAACAGGAAGCUGUUUGAAGCAGAGGAGCAGGACUUAUUUAAGGACAUUCAGUCUUUACCGAGAAAUGCAGCACUCAGGAAGCUCAACGAUCUGAUCAAGAGGGCAAGACUAGCAAAGGUCCAUGCCUACAUCAUCAGCUCACUAAAGAAAGAGAUGCCCUCUGUGUUUGGGAAGGAGAACAAGAAGAAAGAACUGAUUGGCAGCCUGGGAGAAAUUUACAAACGCAUUGAGAGAGAGCAUCAGAUAUCACCUGGAGAUUUUCCUAAUCUGAAGAAGAUGCAGGACCAACUGCAAGCUCAGGAUCUCAAUAAAUUCCAGCCCCUGAAACCCAAAUUCCUGGAGGCAGUGGAUGACAUGCUGGCCAAUGACAUUGCUGGCUUAAUGGUCCUGGUGCGGCAAGAAGAAACCCAGCGUCCCAACCCAGUUGUGAAGGGCGGUGCUUUCGAUGGCACUCUGAACGGGCCGUUUGGCCACGGUUACGGCGAAGGCGCUGGCGAAGGCAUCGACGAAGCAGAGUGGGUCGUCGCACGUGACAAACCUGCUUAUGAUGAAAUUUUCUACACAUUAUCUCCCGUCAACGGGAAGGUGACAGGAGCCAACGCCAAGAAGGAGAUGGUGAAGUCAAAACUGCCCAAUACAGUGCUGGGAAAGAUCUGGAAGCUGGCAGAUAUCGAUAAAGAUGGGAUGCUUGAUGAUGAGGAGUUUGCAUUGGCCAAUCACCUGAUAAAAGUGAAACUGGAGGGACAUGAACUGCCAUCAGACCUGCCUGCACACCUGAUACCUCCUUCCAAGAGGAAAAUACCUGAGUAAAUGUAAGAUGACAUCAAAAAACCUUUAAAAAGACCCUUCUCUCUCCACCUAGAGAUAAAUAUCCCAAUUAGAAUAGAAAUAUUCCUGUAGCAUUAUAGCAAAAAAACAAAAUGAAAAAAAUGCAAAAAUGAAAAAUAUUUGAACAAAAUUAGAUCAAAUUUCCAACUCCCACUGCUGUCAUUCCCAUAUCUGCCAUAUUCCUUUCCUUCAAGAGGCAAAUAUUAAAUAGCAAAAUAUGCAGUUACAUCCAAAUAAUAAUCAAGUUAAUGAAUGAGUGAUUACUGAGUACUGAAAUUAGUUUUACCAGGGUAGAAAAACUACCUAUAUUGCGCAGUGUCCUCUUUUGUAUUUCAGGGUGAGAUACUGGGAGUUGUUACUGGUAGGUAGGACAGGUGUUAGAGGUUUUAGGACAGCUGAUUAGUAAAGACAAACAAAUGACAAUUCUAAAACAAACACUGGAGUACAGGAACAUGUGAGUGAGUGAUCCAAACUACUGGAAGAAAAUGGGAAAGCUGCAACAA